GGGAGUUCAUUUGCACUGUACUUUUUUGGUCAGUUAUUGAACACACAGUGCGUUAACCAAGUUUCAAACCUGGUUGUGCAGGUUUAUCCCAUGACUCUGAGAGAAGUUUCGAUGCAACACAGUUCACCAAGAUGAAGUAUGUGUUCCCAAAGUAAGUGUCUUUAUUCCUUCUUAUGAAUGAAUCCACCUGGGAUUCUGGGCUUUACGACCGGCUACUCAUUGACCAAUGGACUGGCUCUCACUAUCACAUCGGUAGACGAGGUUGGCAUUUACUUAUCAGGUGGUGAUGACAUUUGGACUUCUGAUCCUGUAAUUGUUCAGGUAUUGGAAAAAGGUGAGUAACUCCAAUUGUAUCGUUGUUUUCAGGCAUGUUUCAGCUUGCAUCACUGACUUUCAGUCAACCUGAAAAUCCAGAAGUCGGGAUUCCCCAAUAAUUCCAGUUAUAAAGUUAACGUGGGGUGCGCCUCCACUAUGGACGGUCAGGUGGGACAACUGCUGGAAGAGUGUCUGAAAGCAGCCGCUGCUGUGAAGAAGGACGGUGAGGAGGAGAGGAGGAACUACUGCGCCUGCAGAGACUCGCUAUGUGCAGAGCUGGAAUGUCUCCUGCAGGAGGCGCUGGAAAUGAAGUGGCCCUUCGUUCCAGAGAAGUGGCAGUACAAGCAGUCAGUCAGUGCCAAAGACAAGACCAACCUCAGUGACCUCAUCAGCCAGAAUCUUCACCAGCUUCUGAUUUUCCUGAGGUCAUGCAUCCUGGCUGAGGAGGUGCAGACCGCACUGGCCGUCGCCUUCCUCGUCGAUCGCUUCCUCUACUGGGCCGACGAGUCCAGUCGCUUAUUGAGGAUUGUCAAGCUGCUUCACAGAAGACAGCGUGGGGCGUCCGUGGCUCCUCAGCUGGUCAUACGCCAGGCGAGAGUCUACCUCAACUCAGGCAAACUACAGAAGGCAGAAUUCAUUCUGUGUCACCUGAUCAGCAACAACGGCGCCACUGGUUGCUGGGUGUACCACUCGGAGAGCGACAGGGCUCUGGUGCAGUCUGUUUGUCUUCAGAUUCGUGGGGUGGUUUUACAAAAGCUUGGACUGUGGUUGGAAGCAGCAGAGCUGAUCUGGGCGUCUUUGAUCGGCUAUUAUUCACUUCCUCAGCCAGAUAAAAAGGGAAUUGGAACAUCUCUUGGAAUACUGGCCAACAUCAUGGUCUCAAUGAACAACCAAGACUUCCAAGCUUUCAAGAGUAUUCCAGAUAUCGAUUUGUCUUUACUGGGAGAUGGAGGUCAUCGUCUUCUGUCUGCAGCUGAGGCAGCAAAGCUGGCGGUGGUGUACAGCCAGUACACGUCACUCUACGUGCUGACCAACGUGACGAGUCAAGGAACCUGCUUGCUGUCCUACAGCUUCUCUCUGGAGUGUACUCCUGAGCAAAGGCACUCAUCCCUCCUCCAGGCCAGAGAGGCAUUUGAGAUCGGACUACUCACUAAAUCAGAGGGAGAAGUGGUCUCCAGUGUUCAGGAGCUUCACACCUUUAUCAAGGCGGCGUAUUCCCUCGCUGUCACUCACAAGUGGCUCGGCACAGCCACAGAUGCCGUUGAACAAGCAAAAGAAGCUUGCCAGAAAGCUUUAGCACUUUUUUACGACUACUGCAAAGCCCAAGCUCCAGACAGAGACAGCUUUUGUAUUGAAAUCAUGAGGCUGGUGACUCAGGUCAAGCGUUUAUUGCAAGUAAAGCCUUUUGUUAACUCUGACAAGGGAUCGUUCAUCCCCGACUUCUACCGAAAAAUCAAAGAUACUUCAGUCAGCUUUACUUUGCAAAGUUUCUUCAAAGUGAUGCUGCGGUUCAAAAAAUACCAUGCGUCGCUUUGUGAGGCCCGGAAGACCGAUUGUCCCGGCGCUACAGAUGGCACCGAUGGAGCAAGGUCGUGUAUCACUGCACUGGGAACAACAGUCAGCACACUGAACACGGAAUGUACCACAGAAGCCUGCAAGGUGUCAGAAGAACUGGGCGACAGAUGUCUGAGCGAUGACCUGGUAACAUCUCCCGGACUUUCACCUCAAAUGUCUGACCAAUGUGGAGCCCUCAGAACCACAGAGAGUCUAGGCUCCUCAUGGCAGAACGUCUCCUUUAAUUGCUCUGUAUCACCACAAUCCAGCGGCAGCAGCGGCAGCUUGGCCUUUUUGCGUGCAAGAAAUGCCAACAGGAAGCAGAUCUGUCCGACCACAGAGACUGAGGAAGAAGGGUCCGAAAACCAUGGAAACAAUGCAAAAGACUCCAAGGCUGCCCCAGGUGCCUCGAGUCCCACAGCCUGCGCUGCUUUAUCCUCUGGUUCAGGACAGAAUUCAGGAAAUGUAAAAGUGACCCAAGCUGACAUUGGCACAGCUUGUACGGAAGAAGAUGGAGUUACUCCGGAGUUGUCGGUUUCCCUGUCAGAGCUGCAAAUGAGCAGCUCUUUGAGUUGGAGUUUUGGUUCUCACUCAUCCUGGGAAAGGAUUUCAGCCGACAUGAACUCCCCUACAUACCGAAGGAUCCCCCACAUUUCUAAACAAGCGGCCUUCCAACGAAGCAAAUCUUCUGGGUCCAGUGGGAGCUUCCACCUCCUGGAGACGCUUGAAUCUGAUACCGCACCACCAAACCUAACAGAGGCCCGACCUCAGCCUCACGGAGUCUGCAAUGAUGACCCUGUCCUGAACUGUGAGGUCACUGCUCCUGCCGACUACCCAGACCAGCCGCAGCUUAAAGAAAAGGUCACCAACACGUUUUCUACUGAGAAUUCAUUUGAGGUGCUGGAGGAGAGCCCGAGUCAGGCCCCUGCCAUCCUUAACUCUCCGUGCUACUCUUGUCGCAAUCGAAGCUGGGGAGAGUUUGCUCCAGAAACACAAUAUUUCUUGACACCACAGGAUUACUUUCAUCUCUUGAGCGGAGUUUGUCAUGAAUGUCUCAUGCGGAGACUUCACAGUGACCAGACGAAGUUCAAACUCAAAACUCAUGGCGUGACUCUCAAUGCUCUUCAUUUGAAGUUCUCAAAAGCUAGCGGACUGUGGAUGGCAAGAGAGACUUGUGUUUACAUUGGCCAACCGAUGGAGAAGGAGGGGAAACAAAGAAGAGCUAUAUGGGUGCAGUUUCUACACCAGGAGGAGAGACUGAGCAGUUAUGUAGGGAAAGAUUACUUGAAUCCAAAGCAGCUCCACUUUCACCUGAAGGACGUGGAGAGGCAAAUGACGGCCCAGUUUUACAUCACUGAAUUCAACAAGAGCCUUUAUGACAAGGAUGUCAUGGCUCAGAUUUUCUUCAUACCUUCGGAGGCAUUACUGCUCCUGAGAGACAACGAGAUCGUCGGCUGCUUGACCGUGGAACCGUUCAUGCUCGGGGACUUUGUCAAACUGACCAACAACACUGUGCGGAAAGACACAAGUUUCGAGGCCACCGAGUAUGGGCUGGCCUUUGGUCACUUCACGUACCUCUUUUCCAACCACCAGGAGAUUGUUGUGGACCUGCAAGGGUGGGUGACGGCGAACGGCAAGGGACUGACUUACCUAACGGACCCACAAAUCCACUCCACCAAGACCUCGAAGGGACCCUCUAACUUUGCUGACAGAGGCAUACGAUACUUCCUGGAGGAUCAACAUGGACCCCAGUGCACCAGCAUUUGUCAGCUCCUCCAGCUCCCUCCAGUGGCCGAAGAGCCCCAGAUACUUCACUACAACUCUUAAACAUUUUCCUUUUUCAUUGGCAGCUUUCCACUUUAUUUUUAUUGUCUGAGCGGUGGUCCUGUGGAGUGUUUCCGUCAGUGCCAUAGCUCUUCCUACAAUGCAUACCUGCUCAUCUCUGCUGGGUGUUGCCUGCCGAAAGGCCACCAAUGGGCACUUUAUGUCGAUUAUAUUUUUUAUGCUUUCAACUAGUGGACUGAAGGCCUGUCAGUCAUGUUGCCUUUGCUUCCUCUUGGUUCUUGAGAAUGAGAAGUUAGAGCAAAUAAAUGCAUGAAUAUGGGGCAUGAUCACAGGAUUGACAACGAACCACAAGGGCUUUGCAGUAUGGAGGGUUUCAGGAGUUCUUCUUUUCUUCACGACAUUGUUAACCGGGGCAUCAGACAUGAUGGCUGGAUUUGUAACUGUAUGGUGAGUCAGUAGUAGUAGUAGAUGAGGUGAGACGUGUGCUCUGUGGCCUUCAAAGAUUCAUAUUCAAACCCAUAAUCAAAAACUAACAUCAUGUCAGCUUUGUAUUUUUGUGGUGAAUGUGCUUCUCUGUUGACGUUUUAUAUUAUUCAAGAUAAUAAAUCUUAUGAUCUGUCAAAAUAGAGAGUAUACA